UAAUAUUUGCAAAGCACUUAGAAUAUCUUUACAAAUAUUACAUAUUGGCACAUGGUAAGUCCUCUAAAUGUGAGCCCAUAUUACCAUAAGUUAUUUAAGCAGGUCCCGACUGAUGGAUGUUUGCGCCAUUUCCAAUUCUUUGCAUGCUUUGGCUACUAAAGAAACUUCAAGGCAAGUUUUGAACUGCCCUUAACCUCUGUUACACUUGGGGUCCUUCGUACUAACUUACUGGCGCCAACAUCCGCUUACAGACACUCAGCAGAUGUGUCCUCUUUGGCGGAACGUCCUCUUUGGCGGAAGCACACAAAGGGGUGGGUGGGUGGGAGGCGGCAAAGUGUCUUCCAGAUCAGUCCGCUGCAGGUUUUCUUUCUGCAGAGAGGCCAUGCCGGCAGGCAAAUGCUGAGCACACACAGGGAAAGAAAGCAGGAAGACGAGGAUCCGAAUGAUCGGACGGUAGGUCAAGCUGGAGGCCUGGACUGGAAAGAAGCCAGAGAAUGAGUGCAAGCCGGGAACAUGUGGCCAGAGACAAACCUGAAGUGAGAGAACUCAAAAGGAUGCCUUGGGCACCAGCCUUUUGAAAGAAGUAUAGUAUACGUUCUUUGAGAUGCUUCGCUAUAUAUAGUUCUCAUCAACCUGUAGAUACAAACGAGGUGAUGUUAAUAUCAAUUCCAGAACUAUAAGCUCUUCCCCCUUUUGCGCACACAGGAACUCACUUUCCUCCUCCCAGUCUCCCUGGGCCAUUUCUGGGAGUCAGAGAUUGGGGAUUCUCAUAUGCUCAAGGACAAACCUCCUUGCCAAGGUGCCUCACCAGCCACAGCCUCAGGUGCUGCAGCCACCUUGGAGAACCUGCUCUGCUACUUCGUCCCCACCCCUACCCUCCACAGCGGGGGAGGUGUGCGUGGCAGAGUAUGUGUAAGAUGGGAUGCGGGGUCAGAGGGGAGAAUGACCCUAUCUCCAAAUCUGUGUCUAGAGUCUGUCGUGAACUUAACUCCCCUCAUUUCUCUCCCUGACCUCAAUCUGCUGAAGUUCCAGACAAGUCGCCUGAGGCUGAAUUGAAGAAAGGGAAAGGCUGACAUACUUCAGCCAUCCCCCUCCGGUGUCCUAUCUGCUUUAUCUCUCGAGUCACUGAAGAACAAAUAUUAACUGAUGAUUGCAGUGGGUUGAAUGUAAAAGAAAUCCCAAUUCUCUGCCCCUUUCUGUGUGUGUGCCCUUUGCAAUGAGACACUCAGCUCCUCCCAUUAAGGACAGGAAUCUCCCACAGCCCCUUGAAUUUGGGCUGGCCUGUGACUGGCUCUGGUCAGCUGAAUGAGGCCGAGGUGAUGGUGUGUCGGUUCCACGCCUGCACCUCGAGAGGCCUGAGCACUUCCAUUCACUCUCUUGGUUCCUCAACACGCCCUAGAACAGCCUGGCUUAGAUUUCAGGCUGAGGAAGGCUCGCCUCAGCUCGCAGCCAGCCACCCGACCAGCAGACCCCAGAAGAGCCGCCCUGCCAAGAUCAAGAGACAUUUGUAGAUGACCUGCUUUCGCAAGAGUAGGGCCAGGGAGACCCAACGAAUCACCCAACUAAACCACACACUUGCGAACCAAAUAAAGUCAUGUGAAGCCACUGGGUUUUCUGUUUAUUACACAGCAUUACUGUGACAAGAGGUGACUGAUACAGCCCUCUUUCUAACCUCCAAAAUCAAGGUUUUGUUGCAGAUUCCAACACCCUUCUGAGAAGCUCAACAAAUAGCCAAACUCUGAUUCUCAGUAUGAAUUCAGCCAGGACCCCCUGCUGCCUGUACAACGGUCUGUGGGAGGAAUACUGUAGUAAGAUGGAGUUACUUCAAUUUCUCCAAGAGGACAAAGGGAAAGCUAGUUAGCCUGCUGGGAGAGACACACAUGAGGAGUAUGGGUGUGAGCAUGUCCUACCAACCUCCCAGAGGGCCACAGAGACCACAGUAAGCUUGGUGUCAUGGCAUUUCUCGUGGGGUUGGCAAGGGAGGCCAGUCUCCCCAUUCUGAACUGAGUUGGGCCUGAUCUGAGACCAAGCGCAUCAGGAAUUGGGGGAAGACACGGAGCUGCCCCAGGCCCUGGAUCCAAGGCACCAGCCAAGUCUAUCUACCAUCUCUGAAGGCAAGGAAGCCCUCCAGUGGGACAUAUCUGGAGUGACAUAUUACUAACCUCACUUUACAAUCUGUCGAUAGCUACGGCUCCACGUGGUAACCUACAGUGAUAACGUUCCUUUGCAGAAGCUCAGGGGAGAACCUUGUUAAGUGUGUGAAUGGUGAUCCCUGACUAAAGACCCCUCCCUCAGAUUACAGGGCAAGUCCUCCUCCCUCAUUGUCUCUCCCUCUUCCUGUGUUAUUUCCAGGGACUGUGAAUGGAACUUGCACAUCAAGGGCAAACGGGUGGAGUCUGAGUCACCUGGGCAGCUCUGGAGUGUUCCCCUGGGCUGUGUGGAUGGAGCUCCUUCUGGGCUGGGGACCUGUCUGCCGGCAGCGCAAAGCUGCCCACAGACCAGCUCUCACAAGGCAACAGGCCAUUGGCUGGAAAUCUCAGGAUUGACCCCUGGGCCACAGAAAACAAACGGGAUUAAAGUCCAGGGCUGGGACUUCCUCCUUGGGGUGUUUGACAAGGACUGACGUACUCUAGGUCCUUUGAAUCCCGGAAGUCCAGGACACACCCAACCUUUGGUGCAGCAUCCUGUAUGCUGGAGCAUAGCUAAAAGGACUGAAGCAAACAUCUCACCAUGAGGGACCCACUGACAGAUUGUUCGGGGAGGAAGGAGGCCUGAAAGUAUCACAUCAUUCAUAGAUGACAACUUAUGUUUGUGGAAAUAAAAAUGAGAAAGCUUGGUUGCCCAAUAGUGAUUUUACUCUCAUGGCUUAGAGGAGAAUCAUUUCUUCAUGACGGAGGCUACACUUGGAUUGCACUACAGUAUAAUAAAGUAUACAAGAACCUAAAGGAGUUUUCUCAAAAUGGAGAAGAUUUCUGCAAGCAGAUCACAUCCAUUCUUCAGCAAAGGGCAAAUUUGGAGAUCAGUUAUGCCAAAGGACUUCAGAAACUGGCAACCAAACUCAGCAAAACAUUACAGAGCACAAAGAAAAACUGUGUUGUCAGUGCCUGGGCCUGGGUCUCGGAGGGCAUGAAGUCGGCAGCGGACCUGCAUCAAAAACUUGGCAAAGCAAUUGAGUUGGAAGCAGUAAAACCAACUCAUCAAGUCCUGAGUGCACAUGAAAAGAAGAGAAAAUCACUUGAUAAUGAAGUUGAAAAGACAGCAAAUCUUGUCAUUAGCAACUGGAAUCAUCAAAUUAAGGCCAAGAAGAAAUUGAUGGUUAGUACCAAGAAGCAUGAAGCGCUUUUCCAUCUUGUAGAAAGCUCCAAGCAAAUUACGACCGAGAAGGAGAAGCAGAAGCUCCUCAAUAAACUGAAAAAAUCAACUGAGAAGCUGUCAAAAGAAGAUGAAAAUUACUACCAAAAAAACAUGGCCAGCUGUUCUACCAGACUGAAAUGGGAGAACACACUGGAAAAUUGCUUCCAGAGCAUCCUGGAGCUGGAGAAGGAAAGAAUUCAACUCUUAUGCAAUAACUUAAACCAGUACUCACAACAUAUUUCUGUUUUUGGCCAAACCCUGACCACAUGCCACACGCAGAUCCACUGCGCCAUCAGCAAGAUAGAUGUCGAAAAUGAUAUCCAGGCUCUCGUGGAAGAAACCGCAGUUUCAUCUACAGAAAAUAAAUCUGAGUUCCUAUUAACUGAUUACUUUGAAGAAGAUCCUAAAAAUGCAAUGAGUAAAGAGCGACAGGCAUCUUCAAUAAAGUCAAAACUGUUGAGACUGCAAAAAGAUAUUGAAAAAGCCUCGCGAGACCAGGAAGGCCUGGAACGAAUGCUGAAAGCAUACUCCAGCCACCCCUGCUUCUCAGACACAGAGAGCCAAAAAAGCACAGCAGCCUUAAUGGACGAGAAUAACUUGAAACUAAUGCUUUUGCAAGCAAACGCCUAUAAACUGUCAUCCGUCUUAGCAGAACUUGAGCAAAGACCUCAACCCAGCCAUGUCUGCAGUAACUCCAUCUUCAAGUGGAAAGAAAAGCAGCAGACACAUAGUUCUGUAAAAAUAUCUCGGCCUUUUCUGACAAAGAGAUUAGAGAAUGUUGUGAGCAGGUCAUCUUCUGGUGGGCAGAGAAUUCCAAGUUCUUCAUCUACAGCCUCCGGUGUGACCCAGCUUGGCAAUGGUCUCUGCAAGGCCUUAUAUUCUUUCCAAGCCAGGCAAGAUGAUGAACUGAAUUUGGAAAAAGGUGACAUUGUGACUAUACACAAGAAGAAAGAUGAAGGAUGGUGGUUUGGUUCUUUAAAGGGAAAAAAAGGCCAUUUUCCUGCUGCUUAUGUGGAGGAACUCCCUUCAGAUGCCGGGGACACAUCUUCACAAGCGUGAAGAGGAUCUUUCAGAAUCAAUGCCUCGUGCCUUCUCGCUGUAUGGUUCAAAACACUGUAUCAAGAAUUUGUGGUAUGAGACAUGGUUUUCCUCUAGUUUCAAUGAAUAAAAACAUUUUCUUAAGUUCUGUUUGUUCCUUGAGAAUAUAUUCAAGCAGUAAAUAUGUACUCACUAUAGUAGUCAUCUGCUAUUUUUUUCUGUUAAACAUGUAGUGUCUAUUUCCAUUUAGAGAACUACA